ACUCAUUAAGAAAACAAAAAAUACUUUAGAUCAAUCGUUUUUGUUAAUCAAGAGUCUUUCAAGAUCAUGUCUAAUCAAAAUACCAUGCAGCGAGGUGGUUCCAAAGGAGGUCGUAGUGAUGGUCGCGGCAGAGGCGGACGCGGUCGUGGUCGUGGCUCUGAUCAAGGCAGCAAUGUUGGUUUCGUAAAUCCUGGGCAGAGUUCCGGUGGUCAGAGUCCGUGGGGAUCAUCGUCCGGUCAUGGUGGUCGUGGGACGCUGUUUCAACAACAACCUCAACCACAGGCGGUUCAAGUGGGUCAAGCCGUUGCAGCAGGAGGCGCGUGGGAUCGUGGUUCUUCUGAAAAGAGCCAACCGAUAAAGCGUGCUGAUCAAGGCGGUCGUGAUGGAGUGGUGCGGCGGGUAAAUCUCCUUGUCAAUCAUUUUAAAGUGAACUUCAGGCUGCCUCAACUUGUGAUAAGCCACUACGAUGUUAAAAUCGAAAGAGCCGGCGGCGAGUCUUCAAAGGCGAUAUCAAGAUUUGAGCUAGCUAAGGUGAAAGAGAAGGCGUUCAGGGACAAUCCGGAUAAGUUCCCCGACAUGACAGCAUAUGAUGGCCAGAAUAACAUUUUCAGCGCAACUAACUUGCCUCCCACGGAAGAAAUGAAUGUAAAUUUCCCAAAAGGUGAAGAGCUGGGAGGUCGAAGCUAUACUUUCACCAUGAAAAAGGUGAAUGAGCUGAAGCUGAGCGAGUUGACAGAGUACAUGAAUGAGGAAGAUUCCGCUAUCAAUCCUCGUGAGGUGUUGCAAGGAUUGGAUGUUGUGAUGAAGGAGCAUCCUUCAAAGCGUAUGAUCACUGUUGGCAAAAGCUUUUUUAGUCAUGAAACACAGCCAUGUCGAAAUGGUGGCUUUGUAACUGCGCAAGGGUUUCGCCACGCUUUGAAGCCCACAGUACAAGGUUUAUCGUUGUGCUUGGACUCCUCCGUGAUGGCAUUCUACCCAAAAUUGCUAGUCAUCGAAUAUCUGAGGUGGAUUUUUGGCAAUCAGUUUAGAAAAUAUAGACACCAGUUUGAAAAGGAAUUGAAAGGCUUGAAAGUCUCGGUCUCCCAUAGACAAAACAGCCCGAGAUUCACCAUUAAAGGGCUGAGUGUACAAAACACAAAAGACAUCACAUUCGAUCUUAUUCAUCAAGAAAACGAGCCGCCAAGGAAAACGUCCAUUGUUAAUUACUUCGCGAACAAGUACCAGAAAAACAUUCAACACAUAGAUCUUCCUUGCUUGGAUUUGGGCAAAAAUGGUCGGCAAAAUUUGGUCCCCAUGGAGUUAUGCUUCUUGGUUGAAGGACAGAUUUAUCCAAAAGAAAAACUGAAUCGUGAUUCAGAAAAUUGGUUAAGAAAUUUGUCCAUUGUCCAUCCAGAAAAAAGGAAGAAGAAUAUAGAUGACAUGAUAACGUCUCCUGAUGGACCUGGCGGUGGAGACAUCAUUGGAAAGUUUGGACUGCAAGUAGAUACAAACAUGACCCAUGUGGUAGGUCGUGUACUCGAGCCUCCUAUGCUGAUGUUGACUGAUGAGAGUGGACGACGUCCUGUCAAUGCUAUGAUACAAGAAAAGAACAACCAAUGGAGCCUUAUGAAGAAGCGAGUUGCAGAGGGUUCAACAGUGGAGCAUUGGGCUGUUCUUGACUUCACUGCGUCUGAGAUUUAUGAUGACGAUAAGAUGCCUGAUUACUUUGUGGAUAAACUAAUCGAACGAUGUUGGAGACUUGGGAUGCAGAUGGACCCUCCUAUGUUUACGAAAUCGUCGAGUAUGGCUACGCUUUCUGAUGGAAAUACUCUUGAGGAAUUGCUUCAGUCCGUGAUUGAAGCGGCGUCACUUAAGAAAAGAGGGGCUCGUCCAACUCUUGUUCUGUGUGCUAUGUCCUGGAGGGACAAUGGCUACAAGACUCUGAAAUGGAUUGCCGAGACAAAACUUGGUCUGGUGACUCAGUGUUUCUUGCCCAAUUCUGCCACUAGAGGAUUAGAUCAAUACCUUGCAAAUCUUGCCCUCAAGAUGAACGCAAAGACUGGUGGAAACAACUUCCACCUGAGAGAUACUACUUUCUCUUUCUUUCAAAAAGAGGAUGAGGUCAUGUUCAUUGGUGCCGAUGUCAAUCAUCCCGCUGCUCGAGACGAGGAGAGCCCGUCCAUUGCUGCCGUUGUGGGCACUCUAAACUGGCCUAAAGCUAACCGUUAUGCAUCUAGAGUCAUUUCCCAGGCUCACCGUCAAGAGGAGAUACAAGGAUUUGGUGGUGCUUGCUUGGAGCUUGUCAAAGCUCAUGCUACGGCCACAGGGAAACGACCUAACAAGAUUGUGAUAUUCCGUGAUGGUGUCAGCGAUGCUCAGUUUGAUAUGGUUCUCAAUGUGGAGUUGCGUGAUGUUAAGUUGAGUUUUGAGAAGGAUGGUUACAAUCCAAAGAUAACGGUAAUCGUAGCACAGAAACGUCAUCAAACCCGUUUCUUCCCCGCCACAAGCGCAGAUGGAAGUGAUAAGGGCAAUGUGCCUUCAGGUACGGUCGUUGAUACUGAAGUCAUUCACCCAUCUAAGCGUGAUUUCUACCUCUGUAGUCACCACGGAGGGAUGGGAACAAGCAAACCGACUCAUUACUACACUCUCUGGGAUGAACUUGGAUUCACUUCAGAUCAGAUUCAGAAGCUCAUCUUCGAGAUGUGCUUCACUUUCACUCGCUGCACCAAACCAAUCUCUCUCGUUCCUCCGGUUAAAUAUGCUGACAUGGUUGCCUAUAGAGGAAGGUUUUAUUACGACGCUAGCAUCAUGGAGAAGAAUUCUAAGCAGUCUCGUGGAGCGUCUUCUUCGUCUGCUCCUUCGGUUGCCUCAUCCUCUUCUCAGACAAUGGAUAAUGAUGGAACGGUCUUCAAGGUGAACAGACUUAUUGAGGACUCCAUGUUCUUUGUCUGAACUUAUUUAACACUACUAUUAUGGAAAUCGAAAACGUCACAAUAACGCAGUUUUACUCCUUUUUCUUGGUUGGAAAAAGGAUGUUUGUGCGUGAAUCUAAUCGGUAUAUUAAUGCAGUUUGUUUUUACAUAUUUAGUGUGUUGGAAUUAUAAUUUAUACUUUGGUACGUAUUGUAAUGCUCUUUAGAGCUAAAACGAUGUCAUAUUAUGGUUAUGGUAUUUUAUUAAAUAUAAUUCAGACUC